GCUGGGCAUGGGGUGGUUUGAGGGGGGUGUUGGAAAGGCGUACCCCAUUAGACUGCUGGGUCAGCGCUGACUGAGUAGUCUAACGGGGUAAGCCUUUCUAACAAUAGUUACACUCUCGGCUCGUAGCCGCCCGGCUGGUCACUCGGAAUUUAGAAGUAGAGAUCUCUGGAGACGGACCCCUCGCCAGGCGUUGCAGGAAAAGAACUAUAAGGGUGCUUGUCAAAGUGACCAUCUUGUUAGUACAGGCUUACCCCAUUAGACUACUAAGUCAGCGCUGACUGAGUAGUCUAAUGGGGGGUGGUGGGGGGAUGCAGCGGGAGGUGGAAGUCUUUCGUUGGGAGCAGCCAGACGGUGCAGACGCAGUUUUGUUGAACUUGAAGGAGAAGGGGCCCACGGAGCAGGAUGAUGUAACGAAGAAGCUCGGGCAAGCCGCGAGUAUUUUGUCUGAUCGCUUUUCACCGACAGUCGCCGUAGCCCUCGUGGACCAAUUUCUGACGAUGGUCAAUAUGCAAGCAGGCGGGGUAGGAACUACAACGACGGGAGGGCGGGGGGCGGCUCUCUUCAUGGCCAACCCUGGGACUCUUCGCCUGCCCGCUAGGACAAGUAAUAGAGGCGACCUGGCGCUGCAGAAAGAGGGUAGCAAGAGAGCCGCGACUUCUGAGUCCCAACUCUAAUUUCGGUGUUGCAUACUCGGGGUACGUGAGUAGCGGUACGCGGCCCUAGGUUAACGACGUCACCGGGGCAUAUGCCUGAACGAUGUUUUGUCCCCCCCCGGCGGCAGGUCAAGGCUCGGUGUGUUGAUUAUUUUUCGCUUCCGCGUUUUUGCGCCGAUCGCCGUCUGUGAUGUUGUCGUUUUGGUGUUUGUAUGUCUAUUUGGUUGUUGCGGUGUAGCGUUCGAUGGGACCAUCUGGUUCCUGUCCUGUUUUUAUUUCUUUUGUUCCAUUUCCUUUUCUUUUCUUUCUUUCUUCGUCCGCCCCCUUUUUUGCCGUGUUGGGGUCAUCUCCAGGUCCUUUCUUUUUUUGGUGCGGGUCAGUCUAUCAUCAAAUCGCUCUUGUAUGUUGUUUUUUCUGUUUUUUCUGUUUUUUUUUUCUGCGUCUACCUGUGCUUGUCGACCUGUGUGCUCUGCGAAGAAAACCGUGUGAGCCGCGUCUCGAGUUUGUUGAGCGGGCCUGCGGUGUGCGAACUAAACGAUGCCUA